AUGUUUAGUCAAACUAUGAGGACUUAUCAAGUUAAACAAACAAUAACAUAUUUGAUUGAAAUACAUUUAAAUCUAGCAGUUAAAUACAGUCGAGUAUGUUAUUUUACAAAUUGGGGUGUUCAUCGAACAAUGAAAGAAGCUCGUCUUCGUCCAGAAGAUAUUCCACCUGAUUUAUGUACACAUAUUUUUUAUGCAUUUGCUAGUAUUGCAGGUUUAACAUUAAAAGCAAAACAUCCGAAUGAUUUGGGUGCUUAUCAAGGCGAAGAACCACUUUAUCCUCGAAUAGUGAAAUUAAAAGAGAAAAAUCCUGAUUUAAAAAUUAUUAUUUCAUGUGGAGGAUGGGGAUAUUCAGGUGAAUUUGAUUCAAUUGCUACAUCAGAAUCAUCACGAGAAACAUUUAGUAAAAAUGCAAUAGAAUUUUGUCGUCAACAUGGGUUUGAUGGAAUUGAUUUAGAUUGGGAAUUUCCAUCGACUAAUCAUCGUGAAAAUUUUGGAUUAUUAGUUAAAACAAUGCAUAAAGCGUUCAAAAAAGAAGCAAAAAAAUCGAAAAAAGAUCGAUUAUUAAUUGGUUUAGCUGUAGCUGCUGGAAAACUUCUAAUUAAACAAGGUUAUGAUGUACCUGUUCUUUGCCAUUAUGUUGAUAUGGUAAAUGUUAUGACUUAUGAUUUGUAUGGUGGAUGGACUAAUAAAAUUGGACAUCAUAGUGCAUUAUUCCAUCGACGUGGUGAAAAAGGAAUGGAAAGAGAAUUAAAUACGAAUACUUCAAUGUAUCAUUGGAUAAAAGCAGGUUGUCCACGUGAUCGUUUACUUAUUGGUAUACCUGGUUAUGGUCGAGCUUUUACUGCUACUGGAAAUGAUCCAAUAAAAGCAUAUGGUCAACCUGGUGGAGUUAGUUCAAUUUCAUCACCAUAUUUAGGCGAAAGUGGUUUAUUAGCUUUUUAUGAAAUAUGUAAAAAUGAAUUAAAAGAAGGUUAUAAACGUUAUUGGCAUGAGCAACAUCAAAUAUCGAUUAGUUAUAAAGAUGGAACAUGGAUUGGAUAUGAUGAUCCAGAAAGUGUACGAAAUAAAUGUGAAUAUGUAAAACAAGAAGGUUUUGGUGGUGCUAUGAUAUGGGCAUUAGAUAUGGAUGAUUUUAGUGGAAAAUUUUGUCGAAAAAAUCGAAAAAAACGAUUACAACGUUUUCCAUUAGUUAAUGCAAUGAAAGAAGUUUUUGAAAAUAAUGAAAUAACAACACAAAUAACAACUUUAUCUAUUCAAACAACAACAUUAUCGAAUGAAACGAUUUUUUUAAAUGAUGAAUUUAAAAAUCUUUUAGAUCAAAUGUUUGAUGAAGCUU